CGGCAACAAUAAUAAUAAAAUUCAUAUGGAAAAACACAAUGCUAGGCCAUAAUGUGAUAAACUGUUUGGUUACCCUGUGAAAAUAUGGUCGAAUCAUCUGGAAAAUUGUUUUCUUUUUUAUUCUGUGUUCUUGCUAAUCACGUUCACGUGGAUAAACUCUGGAUAAUCAGCUUCGAAGUGAUGUAUUUUUCAUAAGCAAUCUCCGUUUAUUUGCCAGUUUAAUGGAACUAAAGCUGUUUUACUCCCUGAUAAGAAGUGCAAAAAACAAAUUUAAAGAAUUUGGAGUGAAUUAAAACUCCAACGGAAUGUAAAGAGCCCCUCCGACAUAAUGCCCACGGAAAGCUCAUCCAGCGAGAUCUCCGGCGGAGGAGGCGGUGCUAUACCCAUGCUGCGACCUUCCCGGAUGGACCAGUUCAUGAACUCGAUGGCGGCGGCAGCGGCAGCGGUGGGUGGUGGAGGUGUUGGAGGCGUGGCGGAUAGGAGUGCCGGAGGAUCGGAUGGUGGAUCCCAGAACGGCAACGGCGAUUCGCGCAACUCAUCGGCCAGCCGGAUCUCGGCGUAUGAAACACAGCUGGCCUAUCAGCAGCACUUGGCCGGACUCCACGGACCACCUCCACCGGCACCACCGCCGCACCACCGUGAGAUCUCUGCCUUUGUCCCGGUUUUGCCCACCGGAAAAGUUCGUCCCGGUAGUAACUCCAACUACGAAAUUAUUGCCAUGAUGGCGGAUAAACGCAAGGAACUCGCCCUUAGGGAAGCUGCUGCUGCGGCCGCAAUGCUAGGCAGAGGCCCAGGAGGUCCCGGAGGCCCUGGCGUUCCACCUCCUGGAGUUCUGUAUGGACCAGCCGGAGUGCCACCUCCGCCAUAUCUCACCGGACCGGGUCCUUCGCCCACAGGAGCCGGAAGUUUCCCAUUUCCCCCUGGAGCAGCCGCCGCCGCAGCUCUUUUCCCACCUGGUCUGGGUCCUGGAAUGCAUGCAGGACUCGACAGACGUCUUCUCAGAGCUCCUGGCCGGGCUUCACGGCCCAAGAAACAGUUCAUCUGCAAGUUCUGCAACCGACAGUUCACCAAGUCGUACAAUCUGCUCAUCCACGAAAGGACCCACACGGACGAGCGGCCCUACUCCUGUGAUAUCUGCGGCAAGGCGUUCCGGCGACAGGAUCACCUCAGGGAUCACAGGUAUAUCCACUCCAAGGAGAAACCCUUCAAAUGCACGGAAUGCGGCAAGGGCUUCUGCCAAUCGAGGACUUUGGCCGUCCACAAGAUCCUGCACAUGGAGGAGUCGCCACACAAGUGUCCAGUCUGCAGCCGUUCAUUUAAUCAGCGCUCCAACCUGAAGACCCAUCUCCUCACCCACACGGAUCACAAGCCCUACGAGUGCUCCUCGUGCGGCAAAGUCUUCCGCCGUAACUGUGACCUGCGACGUCAUGCCCUGACUCACGCAGUGGGUGAGGUCAAUUCCGGGGACUACGUGGAUGUGGGGGAAGAGGAUGAGGCCAGGAACUUGAGUGGUGAUGAGGAGGACUCUCUGCUGGAGGUAGACUCACCGCGCCAGUCGCCAGUUCACAAUUUGGGUGACUCAGGAGCUCCUGGAGAGAAAUCGGAGUCCGAAAGAAUGAGACUUAAGCGUAAGGCAGCCAUUGACCAGGAGGAGAGUGAAGAGGAGUUCGAUGACUUCGAUGAGGAAGAGGAGCUUCAGGAUCUUCCCAGGGUUCAUGACAUGGCCAGGGAAGAGGACGAGGACUUUGAUCCCGAAGAUGAAGAGCAGGCAGAGGCAGCUCUGGUGGCUCGUUUCCAGGCAAGUAAGGCAGCAGCGACUUCGCUUCCAUCCUCUUCAGUGGGCUUAGUGACCAAGCCGGAACGUCAAGGAGUGACUCACUGUCAUCAUGAAGGCGGCGAAACCUACACAAUGCGGCCACAUGGGGAAAAGCAUCUGGAAGAACCAGGCAACUCCGGCUUGACAAGCCUACAGGUACCACCUUCCUUUGUAAGGUAUCCGGCACCACCAGGAGCAGCUGCACCACCACCACCACCAGGAGCUCCGCCACCGACCCACCAACACCAAGGACAUCCACACUUACUACCACCCAACGGAGAUCCCUAUUUACCCAUUCUCCACGUCCGCCGCGACUUGCACCACAAGAGCUUGAACCUUUCAAAGGGUGCACCACCACCCCCACACACGCCACCCACUAUAAUCACCCAACCGGAAUCGAGUAAGCCACCCAACCAACCCUUGCAUUCUCCGCACGAAGCUAUGCCCAGCUUUUUGGGUUCGAUUCCUAUGAGAAAGAGGAUUCUGCCGGCACCGACUUUGGACAUGAUGGAUCCACACCACCAUCCUGUCUUGGGUCAAAGGACCUUCGUGGAUAAUCCUAGUAUAUAUGCUCUGAAUAUGUCGCGACAUCCACCCAGGCAGCUCUUGGGAAAACCACCGAGUACAGAGACUAGUGGACCCGCCUCUGAGAAGGGACCGCCGACAGUGGCGCCACCUGUGCCAGCUCCACCACCUGCACCACCCAGGAGAACAGGAUUCAGCAUUGAGGACAUCAUGAGACGCUAAUACAGCGCUGAAGAAAACUUAGUAUACUAUUACGCCUGUAGAAGAAUUUGGAAUCGAGAUAGGAAACUGAUUAGCAGUCUUUAGUCUUUUGAAAUCUCUUGGGAAAGUUUGGAAACUACUUGCUGUUUAAUAUAGCAUGCUUUUAGGCAGCACUACACGUGAUUUCAAAUCAGAGGAGACUUUUUUACGUCAUCCUUAAAAAUCUUGUAAAAAUUGUUAAAAUUCCAGCUAAUUGGUAACAUGAACCUUAAUGGCAUCAAAAACUAAACAAACGAGGCAAUCGAGGUAUUCCCUAUUUGGACCUACAAGUACAUAAAACAUGAUUUAGAGUUAGGUUUUGAUACAUUUUAGUACAAUGUCUAGGCAAGGCAAUAAACCUAAACUAAGUUAAUUCACAGUUACACCCCUAAGCGAUACUUGUAAGCGAAAAGAAACUCUGUUGUUGCAUUUUAUAGAGCCACUAUGUGUUAGGAACCUAGCGUAAAUCUGCCCAUUUUAGUGCCUAAGCCUUAGUACGAGAGUCUAUCGAUUAGUUUUUUAGUGUGUGGCCCAACACUAAGUGUUGCUGUUUGAGUGAAUUCCAAUUUUUUAUUUAUGUUUCCUUAUCCAGUAAGCUAAUCUUAAUGAGUUAACAAAAUCGUAAACUGACUUUGUUGUAGGGAAAAAAUGGUUGAAAGUAAAAGUUAGUGUAAAACAGAGCAUAAACAAAUCAAACUACAAGCAACAUUCCAGUUGAACCUUAUGUAACUAGGCCUAGAUUGUAAGAGUUUUGUAGUAGUUAACGUAAGCAGCCCUAGAAUUCCAUGGUCUUCCUUCAAUUUUAAAUGAUUUUAUUCAAACGAUAGCGCGUUAGUUUAUUUCAAAUAAAGAUUGCAUUAAUAUUGAAAA